AGGCGUGACUUCCUCCCGGAAGUGGCGGGUCUCCGCGGAGAGAGCGGCAGAGUCCGAGUGCCUGGGCGGUCGUAGCGCCUGCUGAGCUAGUGGGCUCCCGCCCUCCCUUCCCCCACCCCUCCCACCAUGUCUGCCUUCGACACCAACCCCUUCGCGGACCCGGUGGACGUGAACCCUUUCCAGGAUCCGUCUGUGACCCAGCUGACCAAUCCUCCUCAGGGUGGCCUGUCUGAAUUCAACCCUUUCUCAGAGAAUUCCCGACUGACUCAUGCAGCCACGACAGUCCCAGCCACCCAGGCCACGGGGCCCUCCCAGCCUGCAGUCCUCCAGCCCUCAGUGGAACCAACUCCCCAGGCUCUGGCCUCUGCAGGCCAGGCUGGACUGCUGCAGCAGCAGGAGGAGCUAGAGAGGAAGGCCGCCGAGCUGGACAGGAAGGAGCGUGAGCUGCAGAAUGCUGCAGCCAACUUGCAUGUGAGGCCGAACAACUGGCCCCCACUGCCCGCCGGCUGCCCCAUCAAGCCCUGCUUCUAUCAGGAUUUCUCUGCAGAGAUCCCCGCUGAUUACCAGCGAACGUGUAAAAUGCUGUAUUACCUCUGGAUGUUGCAUUCAGUGACUUUGCUCCUGAAUCUUCUUGCCUGCCUGGCCUCGUUCUAUGCUCACGAUUAUAGGGGGGUUGACUUUGGCCUCUCCAUCCUGUGGUUUGUGCUCUUCACCCCCUGUGCCUUCAUCUGUUGGUACCGACCCAUCUACAAGGCCUUCAGGUCUGACAACUCCUUCAGCUUCUUCGUGUUCUUCUUUGUGUUCUUCUGCCAAAUCGGCAUCUACGUCAUCCAGCUGGUGGGCCUCCCGGGCUGGGGGAACAGUGGCUGGAUCACUGCUGUGUCCACAGUGAAGGCUGACUCGCCCAUCGCCGUGUCAGUCAUCAUGAUGGUGGUGGCUGGCUUCUUCACCCUCUGUGCUGUCCUCUCCCUCUUCCUGCUGAAGCGGGUGCACUCCCUGUACCGACGCACGGGCGCCAGCUUCCAGCAGGCCCAGGAGGAAUUCUCCCAGGGUAUCUUCGCCAGCAGGACCUUCCGAAACACAGCAGCCGGUGCUGCCCGAGGAGCGUUCCAGGGAAAUUAGCCCCAUCUUUGCCAGCCCUUUUCUUUCACUCGUCUCGCUGCCUCCUCCUGAGAUGCACUUUCUGGGGUACCUUGCUUACUUAACGGUUCCAGCUAAGAGACAGAGAUGGGUCUCACCUGCCACUCAUCCCAUGUUUCUCAGCAGCCAGCUUUCCCUCCUGGAGGGUCAGUUUUUUAUACUCACACACCCACACACACCCCGAAACACAAAAGUUAGCCCAGGUCUGUCUUGUCUUUUGUGUUGCUAGUAAUUUGGUGGAGUUCCUGUCCUCAAGCGGUGGGGUUUGGUUGUGGGGGUCCCCUUAUUUGUGAUAGGUUGCCCCUGGCUGGGCUUUUAAAUUUCUGUGGCUCGGGGAGAGGAUCCAGGGCAGGGCAGGGGGGGGACUCUGGCACCUCCAGCACAAUGCCCCCUUGUACAGGUGGCCAUCAGGAUGUUCAGUGGCCCCCAAUUUUUACAGUGGGGAAGGGACUAAGGGGGAGUCCCCCCUUUGCCACUGCCUGUCGGCUGAAAAAUCAAUGUAUUUGUGACUUCAGAGAACCUGUGGCAGGAGGGCAGUGAGGCUGGGUUCAGGACACUAACUCAUUGCCCAGAUUGGAGAGCAGCUCCAUCUCCGGCCCCUGCCAGGAUUUCGCUACCCCUCCCCUGGGAAGGGAACUGGAAUCCCUGCCCAUGAGCAACAAGUGCCUUACUGUCAUUCCCCUCCCCCAAAGCUCCUGAACUUGGGGUUCCCCCCAUCCUCGGGGACUGAGAUGCUUGAAGGCCCUUCAGGGGGCUUUGCUCCGGACUGGGGGGUGUGGAGGGGAGAGGGGAGUCGGGGCAUCCAUUCUCUUCCCAAUCCUGAGGCUUUGGGCCUGUGGGCAGCUGAUUGGCCCAUUGAGCCCACAGACCCCGCUUCUGCUGUGGUCCCUUUACUCUCUGUCCUAGCUUCUCUCCCCAUCACUCCUUUCCGUUGCAAUGGAGCACUGGACUUGGGAAGAACCCAACUUCCAGCUGUUCUCCCAGAAAACUUAGCAGGGCUCUAGACCAUGGUCCAGCCCUCCAGGGUUUAGCUGGAAGACUGCUGGACCCUUUUUGUCCCCUGGCUCUAGAAGCAAAACUAAGGCCAGUCCUGCAGAGCCUGGGGGCAGGAAGGGAGUGGGAGGAGGGAAGGAGGCACCUGUGAUCUCUCCUGACCGACUGCUCUAAUCCAGUCAAGUUGGGGCUGGUCUGGGCUUUGUGACCGACACCCCCAGCCUCAGUGCUGUUUGCCUGAUCCCUUUCUGGCCUCAAACGGUCCUAGCAAUAGUGGCAAUGAAUGAGAUUUUGACAACUCCCUACUUUUAUUCCCAAGAUAUUUUUUUUCCUUUCUGUGUACAAAUGUAUGUUAUGUCUUAACUUUUGUGCUUUAAAUAAAAACAAUACAGAUAUAAAAAAUGGA